AUGCCUCUCCGGUCAUUUCCCCUCUUUCUUGUUGGUUUAGUUGGAUUCGUAGCACUGACGAUACUUCAAAUUGUAUUUUCAUGUAUUGGUGUAACUGAAGCUGUCGGAUUCGACUUAAUAAUUGACGGGUCGACGUCUUAUAAAGUAGUUGUGUACUUUUUAGCACCACUUGCACCUGUUGGGUUUUUGUUCUAUGCUCUUUACUUCUUUGCGAUAAAUAAGAAAACACAACUCACAUUUGUUGGUAUCAACUUCGCAUUUUUAGUGUUGUCAGCUGUGCUCACUUCGUGUGCUUCUCUGUGUUUAGAAAAAAUACCAGAUGAGUGGGAUGAAGCAAAUAUGGAUAAAAGAAUUCAAUACGAAAAAGACGUUUGUGUUUCAUAUUUUUAUUGUAACAUUUGCGGUUUAAAUUGGAUUUUUCCAUGUGUAACAAUGUCGUUCAUUUGUUAUGAAUAUAGAACUAUACAUUAUAUAAUCAAACAGCGUUAA